AUGUUUGUGUGUGCGACUAUAGCCACGGCAACAAAGAGGAUAGGCCGCGAUAAUGCGGUCCGAUUUAAAGAUACAUUUGUACAUGUAGCCAUAGCCCAACCUGAUGUACAGCCCCCAUCAUCAAAACAGGCCACUGUUGAUGAGACCUCAUGGGCCAGUCAGACUAAUUGUGCGCUUUUAUGUGAAGCUCAGUGCAACGAAGGCAAUAUAAGCCUGGCUCAUCUGCUGUCGUCCCCAUACUCCGCUUAA